CAGGGUAGUAUCUCCACGGCCCAGAAGGGCGUGCAGGGCCGGCCGGCGUCGCCACUGCCCGGAUCUCCCGCCCCUGCCGACCGGUUUCUCUUCUUUCCCACUCCCCCUUUUUUUUGUCUUCCAAACGAAGUGAGGAAAUCGUUUCUGAGCUUUUUGAAAAAAACUUUUAAAGUCAUCUUUCACCUACGAGGUCUGCGUCCCUGGGUCAUGUAGUCUGCACGGGACCCGGGAAUCUGAGAAACUGCAGCGGCGCUGUUGUUUAUGGACCUCUGGGCGGGGGCUGAGCCCUCUGUCUUGCCCCCUGCCCGCCGCCCAGGCCAUGCUGCCCCAUCCGCGCGCGUAGCCGCUGCCGCCGGGCCUCCGCGGCUGAGCCGGGAGCCGAGAGCCGCGGGAGGAGGAGACGCCGGCGGCAGAGCCGGAACGGGAGCGGCGGCGGCGGACAGCGCGCAGGACCCAGUACUAUGGCCAUGUACUGCUAUGCCCUCAACAGCCUGGUGAUCAUGAAUAGCGCCAACCAGGUGAAGAGCGGCGGCGGCCCUCGGUCCAGCAGCAACGAGACGCCCCCGCCGCCAGGGAGGGCCGUGUUGAGCCCCGGCAGCGUUUUCAGCCCCGGGAGUGGCUCCUCUUUCCUCUUCCCCCCAGCUGAGUCUUUGUCACCGGAGGACCCCGGGAGCCCCCUGGGCUGGCGGAGUGGCCGGCGCAGGCUGAAUAGCAGCAGCGGCAGCGGCAGCAGCGUGGGUAGCCCGAGCUGGGCCGGUCGUCUGAGAGGGGAAGGGCAGCAGGUGGUGACCGCCGGUACCCUCUCCCCUCCUGGGCCGGAGGAGGCCAAGAGGAAGCUUCGAAUCCUGCAGCGUGAGCUGCAGAACGUGCAGGUGAACCAGAAAGUGGGCAUGUUCGAGGCGCACAUCCAGGCGCAAAGCUCCGCCACGCAGUCUCCCCGCAGCCCGCGUCUGGGCAGGGCUCGUUCGCCUUCCCCGUGCCCCUUGCGCAGCGUCAGUCAGCCCCCAGGAAGGGUCCCGGUUCAGAGCGAGGAGCGGAGGACCAAGUCCUGGGGGGAACAAUGUCCGGAGACUUCCGAGGUCGAAUCAGGGAGAAGAGGAGGCUCGCCCAGCGUCCGCCUCUCCAAGGACAAGGAGGGAGUAGUGGCACCUUUUCUCCAUCCUGCGGCCCCGUCAGGAUCAGGGGCUCAGGGUCCCAGCGCUUCGGAGAGAAUGGAGAAGGCGCUCCCUGCCAGACCCCACUGUGGCUCACCCACCGCUAUGGAAGUUGACAAGAGGGGCUCUCCUCCGUUGGGAACUCAGAACUCCCCAGCUCCCUCGUUGGGACUGGUCAGAGUGAACUUAACCGUGGACACAGCAGUGGCAGCCCGAGCCACAUCCACCGUUCCGCACCAUCCACACGACCCUGCCUUCAUUGAGCCGUCUGAGAGGGCCCAUGAACUUGGGGGUAUGCACCCCCUGCAGGCCCUGGCCAAGAGUCAGGGGCAGUCUCUUGGCAGUGAGACAAGCCCGGCCCCAGAGAGGGGCGGACCACGCAGCGGAGAGCCCCCUGAGAAGGUGGGGAGAGGAACUCUGUCGGGUGGCAUGCCAGGCUCCCGGGCGCUUGGGGCUGACGGAAGGCCAGAGGAGAGGACUGGGAGCGCACAGAGUCCGGCGGAGCUCCCUGAGGCUCCGACCUGGUUCAGGCAGGGUUCCAGAGGCUCUGCGGGGGCACAGUGUGCGGCCCUAGGCGUCAGGGAGGCACCACUGGCCUGUGACAGAGUGGAUGAAGGGUCCACGACGCUGGGCUUGCUUGGGGGCAGCAGCUCAGCGCAACCAGGGACCCCGGAGGUGGAGGCGGGAGUUCCCUCUGGCGGAAUGCUGGAGCCUUUGCCCUGCUGGGAAGCAGCAAAAGAACUGAAAGAACCCCAGUACUUUCCUGGGGACAGGGUGGGCGUGCAGCCUGGGACCUCCAGGGUUUGGCUGGGCCCCAUGGAAGAAGCCUGUCUGGCCUGGACGUGUGGCACAGCAGUGCAAUCCAAGGGGACUUGGGGAGGCCAGCCACAGGGCAGAGACGCCCACCUCAGCCCAGACCGGCUAUCCCCAGCACAGAAGGACAAACCUUCCCUGGGAGAGGCCUGUGGCCGAAACAGCAUCCCCGCUGUCAUCAUCACAGACAUGGGUACAGAUGAGGAUGCCCAGGAGGACAGGGCCUUGGAGGAGGCGCAGGGAAGCCCCCGGGGCAGCCUGCCACUGAGGAAACUGUCGUCUUCCUCUGCCUCCUCCACUGGCUUCUCCUCCUCCUAUGAGGACUCGGAGGAGGACAUCUCCAGUGACCCUGAGCGCUGUCUGGACCCCAACUCUGCCUUCCUGCAUACCCUGGACCAGCAGAAGCCCAGAGUGAGCAAAUCAUGGAGGAAAAUAAAAAACAUGGUGCACUGGUCUCCGUUUGUCAUGUCCUUCAAGAAGAAGUACCCCUGGAUCCAGCUGGCAGGACACGCAGGGAGCUUCAAGGCGGCUGCCAACGGCAGGAUCCUGAAGAAGCACUGUGAGUCGGAGCAGCGCUGCCUGGACAGGCUGAUGGCCGACGUGCUGAAGCCCUUCGUGCCUGCCUACCAUGGGGACGUGGUCAAGGACGGGGAGCGCUACAACCAGAUGGACGACCUGCUGGCUGACUUCGACUCGCCGUGCGUGAUGGACUGCAAGAUGGGCGUCAGGACCUACCUGGAAGAGGAGCUCACGAAGGCCCGGAAGAAGCCCAGCCUCCGGAAGGACAUGUACCAGAAGAUGAUUGAGGUGGACCCAGAGGCCCCAACCGAGGAGGAGAAAGCCCAGCGGGCCGUGACCAAGCCACGGUACAUGCAGUGGAGGGAAACCAUCAGUUCCACGGCCACCCUUGGGUUCAGGAUUGAGGGCAUCAAGAAAGAAGACGGCUCUGUGAACCGGGACUUCAAGAAGACCAAAACGAGGGAGCAGGUGAUUGAGGCCUUCAGAGAAUUCACUAAAGGGAACCCGAACAUCCUGAUUGCCUACCGGGACAGGCUGAAGGACAUCCGGGCCACCCUGGAAAUCUCUCCCUUCUUCAAGUGCCACGAGGUCAUCGGCAGCUCCCUUCUCUUCAUCCACGACAAGAAGGAACAGGCCAAGGUGUGGAUGAUCGACUUUGGGAAAACCACGCCCCUGCCCGAGGGCCAGACCCUGAAGCACGAUGUCCCGUGGCAGGAAGGGAACCGGGAGGACGGUUACCUCUCGGGCCUGAACAACCUCAUUGACAUCCUGACGGAAAUGUGCCCCAGUGCCCCGCUCGCCUGAGGCCACCCUCCGCCCCGCCUCACCACCGCCCUGGCCUCUUCUCGCCCUUGCUUUCCUUCUCCUUCUGAAUUUUUCCUUCACGUCCCCACUGGGUGCAAGCCCCAGAACUGACCCUCCUGAUCGAUCGGCACUACAAGACACUUUGUAGAAGAGAUGAGAUUUUCUAGUUAAUUCCUAAUUGAGGGGCUUGGAGCUGGGGAUUCCACUUUCUUUGUCAGUAGGAUCUCCUACUAGCAGAGAAAUGCGCAAACCCAGGCUUGGCCACCUGCUGGGAGGCCAGUAGGGUUUAGAGCUGGGGGAGGCUCAGGCAGCCAUGGAGUUCCUGGCUCCAGAGGGGACCCUAACAGAAGAGCACCCCAGCCUCUGGGCAGGUUACCUAUGGGGGCCUGCUGCCCCCUGGUGGCGGGUGCGGAUGAUGGCACUGUUUGGUGUGGCCUGGUUCUGCCUUACCCUUUGGGGAUGGGCUGACUGUUGCUCUGGAUGUGGUGGCCUGCUGCCAGGCUUUCUGGUGUUUGGGGCACAAAACCACUGGGAACAGAAUGUCGGCCAUGAAUGAAAGACUCUCUGCUUAUCAGCCGAGGGACUCCCAGAGAUGCCCUGGUGGCCUUUGUAAGUCUGCCAAAGCAGGGACCCCUCCCAUUGGGUAUUGAAACACCCCAGCACUGGGAUAGACCCGGGAUCCAAAAGUCCCAGGUCCAACUUGACUGUGCCCUUGACAUUGAGCUUCCUGGGAGGGCACAGGCCGGAGCUUUGUUCUUCCUUCUGUGGUCUUGGCAUGAAUUCAGGGGGACACGCGGCAAACCUGAGCUUUCAGAGAUGUCCCCUGACCCCCCAGGGCCUUCCACAUGUGCCUCCCACCUGUGCCUCCCACUCCCCUCCUUACUUUGAGAGGUCCUGAGGGCUGGAUGGCAGCGGGCCAGGGCCCAGGCAGCCCCAAGGGAAGGCAGAACCUGCAGAGGACACUCCACUCCUGUCCUCUCACCUCCCCGCUUCCUAGUGCCAGCUGGUCCCCCUGAUGCACACUCGGGGCUCUCAUAAAACCCAGAGUGUCCAGCAGUUAUGGGGGCAGAGCCUCAGGCCAGUACUGAGCAAGGAGGAAGCAGGACAUUGGCUCACUGGCAUCAUUUUCCCCCUGAAAUAGCAACCUGGAGGGCUUAGACCCAUUUCCCAGAUGUGGUGUGGGCAGCUUCCAGAAUAUGUGGAAGGUGCCAGGCAUCUCUUCCUGGGGUUACUAGGUUGUUUGAAGAUUCAUAGGGAACCACUUGUAAUCCAUAUUUUAGUUGUAAAGCAAGUAGGUGUGUAUUAUUGAGAAGGAUGUAAAUCUCACAUGACUUUUAAAGAACAAAACUCCAGCUCUGUGGCCAGUUGGUGCUGUGGCCCAGUUGCUCACCAGUGCUGCAGGAGGCUGGACCCAUUGCUCUGCAGGGAGAUGCUCCAGGGACACAUGGAGUGGAUGUGUCCCCAGGUGUGUGUGCCUGGAGGACCAGUCCACAGGGGGGGCUUCCUGGGCUGCCCCCUGUCACCUCAGGGUCUCUGAGGGAACUGUCAACUUGCCCAUGUGACUUACGUUUCCCUUUUCAUCCUGGGUGAGUGACAGUUGGUGGGGGCAGAGGGUGGGACACACGAGGAUGUGUAAGUUCAGAUUUUAAAAAAGGAAAUCACUUUUCAACUUCCUGGCUCUUGUUCAAAACAGCAGUGAGCUCCAGUGUGGGCUGACUUGCUAAAGGUCACACCCCCGCCUGGCUGAGCACUAGAGAGCUCGUGACACCACGUGACCCUAGAAGGCAAAAGUGCCCAAGUCAGCUCGGGGUCUGGGAGCUGUGGUCAGCUGGGUCAGAAGGGACCCCGGGGGUCUGUGCUGCAACUGUCUGGGACAUCAUGAGUUCAGAUGUAAAGCCCCACUAGCGGCUGGCCGAGUUACCCUCAUUCUAUCUAUGAAAAAAUGUUUGUUAAGCAAAAUAAUGCUAUGAACAAAAAUUACAGGGGACCAGCUUAACCAACUGAAGAGAACAAACUUUCCAAGCACUUUAAGCAGACGCCAGUUGUUUGCAAACAGUGUGCUAAUAUACAAGUGAUUUGUUCAUUAAAGGUGCCCCAGAGGGCCUCCUCUUGGCAGUUCUUUGCUUUGGGUGACAAGUAUAUAUGUGAAUGGUAGAAAGUGGUAUCUCUGUGGGGUUAUUCUAUUACUUAGGGAUUUGAGGGGUUUGUAUUUCCCAUGCUACUUCUGCACACCUCUCUCACACCCCAUUCUCCCCGCUGUCCCCCACUCUUCUGUUGUCCAAGCGGGAUGGAUGGAUCCUGGAAUGGGAUUCAGGCAGUCUGGAAACCUCCCCCAGCCAGCCCGGUCCAGGUGGGGACCCCCUGGGUCCUGGCCCUGCAGGUGUCAGGAGGGAGGGACGAGGUGUGCACACCUGCACACGAGUGGGUGGCCCCGUGGGGCCCUGGGGCUCCUGGGGUUCAGCACUGCUCAGCAGUGGAGGGGGGGUUCUCAACUGCUUGUCCCAAAUGUGCUUUCAGUAUCAUGUAAGGUUUUUAAGUUAUAUUUAUUUUGUGGGUUUUUCAAUUGCACAAAACACUAAGUCUGAGAGGCUGGAUGUUGUUUCUCCUUUAAAGCUCUGCCUUCUUUCUGAACGUCUUUUCCCAUCCAAUGGAAAGAGCCCAGAUGUAGCCUUGGCUACUGUCCCCCUCCCCUCCCUACUCCCCAUGGACUCUCCACUGUUAGCUGUAUUUAGCUUUGAGUUUCUCUGCGUCUGGUCAACCCCCGUGUGUAUAUAACCCAGGCCCCUGCUUAGGAAGAAGCAAGGUGCUCUCCCCUGCCAGUGCCUUUUUCUGGAGAGGAAGACGCCCCCGGGUGUUCUCCUUUCCUCUGCACCCCUCUCCUUGCCACACCUUGGAGAAAACUGAGCUGUUACAGACCCUCGCAGCGUGCCUGUCAAACAGACUUUACAUGCCCUGUACCUUCCUGAAUAAAGGCCCUGGAG